AUUUUUUUGAUAUGUAUCCAGCGCUUUCAUGCUUUUACGUUUGUCUACAGUAGUUUUUCUUCUAAAAUUGUUGUAGUCAACCCUGUUGUGGUUGCUUCAGAAAUUUUCGAUAUUGAAUUACACUAUCAGAAGAAAAUAGAGUUUUUUUUGCUUUGGAAUCAACAGACUGAGGGGUUGCCAAGAAGCCCUACAAAAUUCCACUUUACUUUUGCAAAAGACUCUACAACUUCUCGCAACAAAUUCAGUUUUUACGGCACUUUGACAUGGAAGAACAGAAAAAACUCGCAAGAAAAAAUCGAAUAUGCAUACAGAAACAGAAACAGGCUAAAUUUUCCUCGAACGACUUUAUCCAUUCUACUACUAUCAGACGGAAUGCUUUUGAAAAAGGAAAAACAGAACAAUCAUUAACGGACAUAACAAAUCGUCUGAAUUCCCCUCAAUUAUGUAUUGCACCCAUAAAGAUUUGUGAACAAGUUUCAUCAUCUCAGUCUCAACAACAAUAUCCAAAUUCAAUGCAACAACAACAUUUGCGAUAUGAUUUGUCGCCUUCAAAAUUGCAAAGCGAUCAUCUUUUACCAGAUUUAAAUGAGUUACCAUUAUUGCAAGAAUUUGUUGAUACUACUAUCAUAGGGAAUGCUUCUCAAAAAGGGAAAACAAAACAAUCAUUAACGGAUAUAACAAAUCGUCUAAAUUUCCCUCGAUUUCGUACUACCCCCAUAAAGAGUUGUGGACAAGUUUCAUCUUCUUAUUCUCAAGCACAAUAUCCAAAAUCAAUGCCAGAGCAUAAUUUGCGAUAUGGUUUGUCGAGUUCAAAUUUGCAGAAAGAACAUCUUCUACCGGAUUUAAAUGAGAUACCAUUAUUUCAAGAAUUUGAAGAUGACAAUAUUGAUGGUGAUAUACCAGGUCAUAUGCAAUCCAACGUACAAAUUCAUGAUGCAAAUGAAGAUGACGAUGUAUUUGAAGAUGAUGAAGUAGAGAGCUGGAUGACCAAUGAAGGUAAGUAUGACGUAUUUUAAAGUUACAUAUACAACAUAAU